AUGGACCAUCAAGGGCAGAAUGUUCAGCAGGGGCCGCAGUUGCCCCAGCAGCCCCUAGGGAGUGCAGGAGUUGAGCCGCCAGUGGCCCAGAACCCGUUCUCUCCAGGUGGGCAAGCACAGCAGCCAGCGCCACAGCUGGUGCAGAUUGACAUGACACAGAUGCAAUUGCUUAUGGCACAGAUGGUUGAGACGGCGCAAGCAGCGUCGCAGGCUGCUCAAGCAGCCGUUGCCCGGCCCUCGAGCAAUUUGACUUCAGGAUUUUCAGAUGCGAAUAAGAUCCUUAAUCGACCGUCGGAGUUUGGGUCCGGAGUGCACGACAACGACCUUGCAAAUUGGUCUGAAUGGAGCCACUCAUUCAGAACAUGGUUGGUUUUCGCAGAAAGUCAGUUCGAACAGGACUUAAAGCUUGUGGAGGAUAACUUGCAGGGCCCUGUUGAUCUGACUGGGGCUUCGCCUGAUCGCAUUGCAAGGUCUCAGAGGCUUUACGCGAUCCUUGCAAGCAUUCUGCGUUCGAAGCCAAAAGCGAUCUUGCGUCAGGUCGUCAACAGAAACGGCCUAGAAGUCUGGCGGGUGCUCACCAAUACCUUCGCACCCAAAUCGAAAUUCAGAGGACUCGCUCUUUUGAACGCUCUUAUGAUGCUCCCGAGCUUCGGGAAAGAUCGCAGCCUGCGAGAACACAUCCAAGGCCUCGAGAGAAUAGCUGAAGAAUAUCAAAGGGUCACUGGACAAUAUCCUGGGGAAGAGGUUAUGCUAGGCACACUAGUUCGGUCCCUUCCCUCUGCGAUAAAACAACACGUUCAACUUCAGAUGACAGACUCCAGUAGUUACCAAAGCAUCAGGGACUACGUUCUGGGGUAUGAAGUUACGACAACGUCUUGGACUCCAGCCAAAAUGCACCAAGCUCUUGGUGUAGUGCCUUUACCCAGUGCUGUCGAGCAAGGCCCAGUCCCGAUGGAGGUUGAUGCACUUCAAAGAAAAGGGCCAAAAGGCAAGGGCAAGAAGGGCAAAGAGCAGAAAGGCAAAGGUGGACAGCAACCGCAGAAUCCGUAUGGUGGCAAGGGCAAGGCCAAAGAAGGCAAGCAAAAGGGCAAGAAGGGCAAGGAGCACAAAGGCAAAGGUGGACAGCAGCCGCAGGGUGCCAAGGGCUCUAGGGCAAAUGUAGUGUGCCACAAUUGCCAGCGCAAGGGUCAUUAUGCUAGUGAGUGCUGGCGUCCACGUGUGCAGCAAGUCCAGGCACAGGGUUCGGACACCGCGUCCACUGUUGCGCCUAGCACUGUUGGUCCUUCAGCAUCGCAAGUCGCUGGCAGCGCUGCUACCACCACGAAGCGCGUUGCUAGAGUUGAGAUAGACAUGACUUCCAGUGCGUUUCAGGACGAUGCAGAGAUCAGCGGUCACUUGUGUGUUUUGACAAAGGUGUGUCCUGAGGACCCAGCUGCAGUUACUGCCCAGCCGAGUUUUGCUUCACUGUGCAAGUCUUUGGCGUCUGCAUGCGUUGACCCUGUGAAGCCACAUGUUCUUGUGCCAGUGCCUGAGGCUGAAAUGUUUGACAUGUCAUAUUCGGACGGUGAUUGUGUCUGGACAGUGCCAGAUGAGGUGCAUGGAGCCACAUGUGUUGGUUGGUUGAGCAGUGCACGUGAUUCUGAGUAUGUGAAGUGCAAGGCGCCAGCCCGCAACCGUGCAAGGCCAGGCAGGCGAUCACGGCCGCCACUGCAGUGCGAGGCAGUGUUGCAUCCAUGUGAAUCCGCUGCCGAGCACCUUGUGACCCCACCUGGGCAUCCCCUUCGGAACCUCAGUGUGUGUGCAGUGUCAUGGGCAGACAUGAGCAACGAGAUUGAGGUUGUGGUCGACUCUGGGUCGGAUGCCUCAUGCUUGCCGCUGUCCUGGGCACACGUCGGAAGGGCUGAUGGAGCAAGCCUUGAUAGUUUCAGGGAUGCCCAGGGUCGCAUGAUUAGGGGUUCGCAAAUGCGUACGGCAGUGCUUCAGAUUGACGGUGUUCAAUUUAAGGAGCGGUGGCUGUUGAGCAGUGUGACACAGCCGCUUUUCAGUGUCGGCAAGUUGCUCAGGCGGGGAUGGGACAUCAUCCACAGUGACGGUGUUCCUUACUUGACAAAUCCUGGGGGCACAGUGCGCGUGCCUAUGCACUACCGGCACAAUUCCUUGCAUGCGCGAGGCUCCAUCAUGAGCGUGGUAGUGUGUGCCAACGACUGUUUGAACGAUGACAGAGAGGACGAUGCGGCCCGACACCACGAGCCUCAGGAAGCCGAGCUUGAUGAUGAGCAGGUGCGCGGCAACGACCAGCAGGUCGAGGUGCCCCGGAGUGCUGAAGCAGACAGCCCUGUUGCGGCUGCGGUGCGUGCGCUUAAGCUUGGCAGUGCAUGGCUGAACCUGGGUAGCCAAUACACCGAGAUGCAGCCUGGAAUCUUUGCUAGGCAAGAUCAGUCGGAUCGGUUUCUUGAUGUGUCAGUGCCGUUGAGCCACCAUGGAGUGGGCUUCCGCACGACCCUUCAGUAUGAUGGUGCCGAAUGGAAACUGAUUGAAAUCAACUGCUUGAUCAGCCUCUUCGAUGAUCACGUAGAAAAGCUGUUUGAUCAUCAGCCUGUAGCGUGGAACGAUGAGAGUUAUGACGGCGAGUAUGCUGAUGCACCGCCCGAUGAAAACAUGCUUGAAGAGGAUGAAAAGGCUGAGGAUGUUGAUGAAGGCGCCGGUGUAGGACCCGUGUCCCUCGCCGAAGUUCUUGGAAUAGGCAAGUCCGGAGGAAAGCAGACGGUCUUUGCGAGGAUCGAGCAACACUUGAAAACCCAGGAGUUGCUGCAACAACAUGCUUUCCAGACUGAUGGUGUGCCAUUGCCGCUUGAACAAAAGUUUGUCGAAGAGCCAACUGCAGAGCAGAAGCGACGGCACGAGCUCAGUCAUGUGCCGUAUGCCGAUUGGUGCCCACACUGUGUAAAGUUCCGCGCCAAAGCCGACAAACAUGUGUCGAGCAAACCUGAGCUGCGGGACGAUUCGGUGUGCAGCUUCGAUUUUGCUUAUACAGGACGGAGCAGCCCAGCUGAGUUUGAAGGUGCGUCAAAGGACAAGCUUGUUUGCCUUGUGAUCAAGGACUCCCACACUGGAGCGAUGCAUGCUGUGCCAACGCCAGCCAAGGGCGGACCGGUUGCUUUCAAGUAUCUUGUUGCCGAAGUUUGUCGGUUCUUGAAUUACUGUGGGCAUGAGUCCGUCACGAUCAGGUCUGACGGUGAGCCAGCUUGCUUAGCACUUCAGCAGGGCAUUAAAGCUUUUAGGACCAAGAUGGGGUUACGCACCCACUUGGAACAGACCGAGCCAGGUGACCACCAGUCAAACCCGUCUGAACAGGCCAUUGAUAGCAUCCGGCAGCUUGCAGGAUGCAUUCUUGACCAGUUUGAGGAGCGUGCCCAGACAACUGUAGGUGCAAUGCACCCGCUGCACGGCUAUGCUUGGAGACACGCGGCAUGGCUUCACAUGCGAAUGUCGCGGCACAACGAUCUCAGUGCGUUUCAAGUGAUCAAUGGCCGGCCGUAUGCAGGGAAACUCGUUUGCUUCGGGGAAAAUGUUUACGCGAGAGUCAAGAGCAGUGUCAAAGGAAAAGCACGCUGGUGCAAAAUGCUUUGGCUUGGAAAACUUCCUGUAUCGGACCUGCACUUUGGAGUCACCGAGGGAGGAUUCAUGCUGUCCUCAAGGUCCGUUAGACGGUUGCCAAAGCAAUAUGAUUCAUCCUUGUGCGCCAAGCUGCGCGACAUGCCUUGGAGCCAAGCGUCUUUUCUUGCAGGCCAAGUUGGUCAAGCGCGCAAGCAGAAAACGCUUGAGAGUGAUGAGGGUGCCGGAACCGAGCCUCAGGUUGAGCAGCAAGCCGAAGUGCCUUCACAAGCAGGUGCGGCGGAGAAUCCUUUGCCGUUUCCGGGUCAUCUGUUGCCCGACGAUGCAAUGCUGCAAGAGUUUGUGCCACCGCUGCCCCGAGAGCCAGUGUUGCAUUCACCUGAGCCGCCCACGCCUGUAGCGGCCACUCCAGGGCAGCAAGCAGAAACGCCGAUGCAAGUUGAAACGGCCUCGCCACUUGUGUCGUUCGAUGAUGGGCCUGGGAUUGCUUCUUCGUCCUCUGGGAUAGCACGUCCUGCGACUGAGGAAGCAGGCGGGGAAGCUCCAGCCCGAAAGAAACUUCGUCUUGAUGCUGUUCAGACAAGUGCAUAUGACUGUGAGAUGUUCCAUCAUGAUGAGGCUCCAGAGCUUCUUGAUGAAAGUGCAGAGCAGUUUCUUGACUGUCAGGAUGAGUCCAUUUGGGACACCGAUGAUUGGGCUGAUGACUCAGCCAAUGCACCUGGCAUCCCGAGUAUUUUGAUUAAGCCUUUCAGUGAAACUGAGCCAGUGUGCGAUGCAUCCGAGCUUGAAGCCAUUGAUGCUGCAGCAGAUUCCUUUGAGCUUGAGCGGUUGACAAAGGCCGGUGUUCUUGAACAAAGUGAGUCCUGGCUUGAAGGGCAUCGGACAUUGUCUUCAAAGUACGUUCGCGCCUGGAGGCCCAAAGUGAUCAAUCAGGAGCGCGUUUGGUUGCGCAGAGCCAGGUUGGUUGCGCGCGAAUUUGCGCACCUAGAUCCGGGCAGGCAACACUUGUUUGCACCGACGACGACCCAGUGCAUGCUGAGAAUUGUUCCAUCGCUUUUCAUUCGCAACUUUGGGGACGGCAACCACAAGUGCCAAGGAGGUGGAAUGGUGCGUGUAGACGACAUGCUUGCGGCAGGAUUCACCGCACGCCUUCAGGAGCUUGAGAAUCAGUUGAAGUCAAAGUUCAAAGUGUCCAGUGAAUGGAUCCGCCAAGUCGGCGACGAGGUUUCCUUCUUGAAGCGGCGACUGAUCCUAGUCAGCCCCAAUUUGCUGGUUGUUGAGCCUGAUAUCAAAUAUCUUGAGAAACUCUUGAAGAUCACUGGACUAGAUGGUGCCAAGGAGCGGUACAAGGCGGCCCCGUUCCCGACUGGAGGCCUGCCGACAGACCUUUCAUCGGACCGCGAGCUGAACUCAGAGUCAGCAUCAAAGUAUCGCUCAGCACUUGGACUGAUCUGCAAUCGCGUGUCUGAGCAGAAAACUUCUACCCUCGAAAUGUUCUCAGACAGUGACUGGUCCGGGGAUAAGAAGACGCGCAAGUCCGCUGAGUACAACUCCCUGGUUGCUGGUGCGGCAACUGCCAUCCUCCUUAAGAAUUGCGUCAUACACUUGUCGCUUGGGAAUCGCCAAGGAGUCGGACGGACUCGCCACAUCGACGGAAAGCUGUUGUGGCUUCAGCAGAUGACUCAGGAAAAGAUGCUGGACAUUUCACCGGUUGGAACCGCGGAGAAUGUUGGUGACCUUCCCACGAAGCCGCUAAAGCCGGAGAGAGUUGAGUUCAUCCUUGCACGGUUGAAUGUUCGUGACAAGGAUUGCGGCUAUGCCUUGGUUGGGAACGCCCAUUUGCUUGAUCACAGGACGCGACAUCAUGUGAGUCGCAUUGUGAAGCGAGGAGCAGUCAACCCACAGCUUGUGCUUCAGAUCCUUGCAUUGGCGUUGCAAGCAGAUUCUGUCGCCAGUGCCGAUGAUGAGCCCAAUACGCAUCGCGAUGACGCCUUGAGCCAGGGGACUGGCGAGCACGGUUACGGGGAGAUAUUUUGGAAUUUUCUUGAACAGUUGCUGUAUGCGAUUUUCUUGAUUGCUGAUUUCCUUGCAGAGCAUCCCAUGCCGAGUUUUAUCGUGAGCCAAUGCGUUAUCAUUGCAGUGCUGUGUGGUAUCUUCUUGUGCCGUGGAAACAGGCCAGAAAGGUUGCAUGAGAAGGCAAGUGAGGCAGCUGCGUGCAGCGAUGGCAGCGCGCCGCAGGUGAUGCCGGGUGUGUGCGUCAAUGUGACGGUCGAGGGAGCCAAAGUUUCGGUUGAUAGUGUAGUCCCGAAACCUGCCGAAAGCCCUAAUCCUUGCGCCUUGGCCAGCCCUAAGAGUAGUGCCAGGCCGUGCAGUGCGAGUGUGCUUGGACAGAGCAGCGGGCGAGCUGCUGAUGACCAUGAUGCUCCCGACCCGACAGCGCGAUCAUGCAAUGGACCUGCGGUGCAGCCAAAAGCGCCGGUGCAGCCGAAAGCACCGAACCCAGCAGUCGCAUAUGCAUCUGUACUUGACCAGCGUAUCAGAGAUGAGCUUGAUCAGCAGAUAGUGUGGGUGACUAAGUCGCGUGGUUAUGCAUACCAUGGCCGCCGGAGUUGCGGCAACUUGCAUAAUGCCAAAGCACUUGAGCGCCUUACGCGUGGAGAGGCAGUGCGCCGAGGCUUUAAGCCAUGCAAAGCUUGCUACGGUGGCUGA